AGGUAGGACCUGGCGGGGGCGAUCACAGCGGUGUGGAGAGACGAGACGGAUUAUGCACCUGACGUUCUACGACGUGACUGUCAGCUUCUCGGACGAGGAGUGGAGAGGUUUGGACGGAUGGCAGAAGGAGCUUUACCGAGAAGUGAUGACGGAGAACCGCAGGAACCUCCUGUCGCUGGGAAUUCAGAUUCCGGACUCGGGUCGUUUCCGGGAGGUUGAAGAAGACGAGGGACCCGGCGGUGCCGGCGGCGUUCUGCCCGGAAUUCCGUUUGUAAACCUGAGCGGAGAGACGGCCGCGCCGCGCGAUCCCGGGGAGCAGAUCGUGCCCGCUGGCGGCCCCGUUAAUGAAAGUCAAGCUCGGCAAGAAUCCCCGACGGCUACUAAUCGAGACGGCAGCCGGAUUCUCGGUUCCAAGGAAAGCUCGACUCUCCAAGCACUUUUGUCGCAUUGCGCCAACUGCAGCCGCGCACUUCCCUGUCGCUGCAACAAAAAAGUGCCGGGGAGGAAAAAGCCCUUUAGCUGCAUCGACUGCGGCAAAGCCUACAACAAAGAGUCUUUCCUCAUCUUACACCAAAGGUUUCACCUGCAAGGAGGCGCCUACAAGUGUCCAUCGUGCCCAAAGAGCUUCGGGAAGCCCCGCCACCUGCACAGGCACCUGAGAACGCACGAGGAGCCCAAGGAGUUCAAGUGUAAGAAGUGCGGGGAGACCUUCGCCAGGAGGAAGGAAUUCACGGCGCACAGGAAGCUGCACCGGGCCCUGCAAUGUAAAGUGUGCGGGGAGACAUUCGCCGGGAGGAAGGAUUUCACGGCGCAUAGGAAGCUGCACCAGGCCCUGCACUGCAAGGAGUGCGGGGAGGUCUUCGAGACUCCAGCCCAACUAAAACUACACAAGACGGCGCACAAGAAGCUCCACGCCUGCUCCCGCUGCGACGUUUCAUUCAGCAGUAGAUCCGAUCUGAAGGUCCACGAGCGGGGCCACGCCGAGGAGACGGCGUAUAAGUGUUGCGCGUGCGCGAAUGUCUACGCAAGCAGAUCCAGUUACAGCAAGCACAGGAAAACCUGUCCGGGGCGAGCAGCGCCCAGCAACGUUUCGGACUGUGAUCCGGGUCAGGAGGAAGUCGGGGGCUCCGCUGCAGCCCCCAAAAUUACAGAGAAAAGCCCGGAUCUUCUAAGUGAGAAUCUCGGCGUGUCGGAGCCCGGCGUCCCACGGACAGAGCAGGGAGCGAAACCCGCAAAAGACGCUUUAAAUGCCCCUAAAACCUGCAAUAAAGAAUUCACAUCCAAGCCCCCCAAAAACACGGGGGCGAGACCCUCACCCGACCUUCACAAUUCUCCUAAAACCGCCGGUUCCUUCCCCGAAAAUAACCGGAUAGAAGGAAAUAAGCCGGAGCCGGGAAGCCGAGAGCAGAGGCUGCUGCUGCUGCAGCGAUCGAGUGCCGCUUCGCGUCCCGUGACCCCGCCGCCUGGUAAGAUCUAUAGAUGCAAAAUGUGCCAGAAAGGCUUCAGACACCGCAGAACGUUGAUCAGGCACCAGAGAGCCCACAACACGCGCUACGUGUGCCACACGUGUGGAAGGAGCUUCGUGAAACUCCUGGACGUCUACAUUCAUAGAAUCGUGCAUCAAGGGGCCCCGAAGCUCUACAGCUGCAGCUUCUGCCGCAAAGGCUUCAGUUUUAAAUCCCUGCUGCUCCUCCACCAAGAUACUCACGAUACGGAGGCUCCGUGCCCUGGGGACCCCGACCACCAAGCGCUCGCCGACCGCGGCCCACCUACGUCCCCCGCGGAAGAUGACGGCCCUUAUUACCAGUGUUCGUACUGCGACGCGUGUUUCACAGACGUGACGCGGCUCCUCCUGCAUCAGAACAUCCAUGAAGGCGAAGCCCGGAAGCCGCACGCCGCGGACGGCGAGAAACCGUAUCACCAGACGCUGAGAUACACGGAUUAUAUGACAGGCGGGUGGUCCGCGUUUUACAAGCCGGGGGGCACCGAUUAA